UACUUCGCAGUCGUGUUACACUUCGAAUCGUUAAUACUUCGAAUCAGUCCAUCGGAUAUCGGAUUUUGUACCGCGUUAUACCCGGGCCGAGUCGAAACGACUCGGCGAAGGGCGGACAGUGAGAGAGAGGAGGAGGGAGAGAAGAAGAAGCAGGAGGAGGAGGAGGAGGCAAGUCGAGGAGAGAAGAGAAGAGAAUCGAAGCGUACGUAUAACGUGUGGGGCCUCCGCUGGAAUGCGGUAUUGAAGGAUACAGCCUAGGGGUGGUGGGCAGCAGGCGGGACAGCCAUCGCGGGUGUGUUCAUGAGGCCUCUCUCGUUCGAGAACCUUAGGAGGCUGGUGGGCCGGGGCAAAGACAGGGACGAGCCGUCGUUCAAACGGAGCGAGUCCUUCAAGAGGAUAUCGAUACGUAAGAGCUACUUGGAUCGGGGUAAAAGGCGUCAAAAACUUCAGCAGAAGAAUGCCGCGGAGAAGAAGGCUGCAGCCGCCGUUGAACAGCAGCAACAACAGAUAGUGAAGCUCGAAGAUGUCGAGCCCAAGGUGUCAGCCUCCUCUCGCGACGGCACCGUCAUCGGCUACGGAGAGUGGCUUCACGGGGUUAGAACGACGUCGGCUCAGGACGCUGGUCCGGAGUCGAGGAACUCGAUCAACGUCGACCUCGUCAACGACUUCGAGGUUCUCAAGCUCGAGAAAUCCCCCGUCGUUGGUAGACGUGCAGCUCGUACCAGUAAUAGUACCGAAUGUCUGCAGAUCGCCAAGGAGAAGACGACCUUGGAUCAGUCAUCGCAGGUCAUCACCGAUCAGCAGACGACGACGACGACGACGACGACGACAGUGGCUGUAGUUUCGCCCAGCGUCAGCAUCAGUCUGGGCAGAAUAUGGAGGGACGGUACACCAGUAUCGAAUUUGGGGCCUCAUCAUUCGCUCGACAGUUGCAUCAACCAGCAACGGAAGCCCCAGACGACUGUUGCUAGGACCGUUUCUGCACCGGAAAAAUGCCCCGUUAUUGUAAGGGAGGAUACUGUUGUAAAUGACACAGCUAAUCAGGGCUUCGGAUUCUCUCUGUCGAUAUCGCGGCUAGCUGCGUUCAGGAGGUCGAGGAAUGGCUUCUUCAGGAAGAAGACUGCCUGCCCGAAACCUGCUCUCAGCGUGAGUGCCGACGGUUACUUCAAGCGGACUUCGUCACCGCGGAAAUCGGCCUCGUCGAUUAAACAACGAAAGGGGCGAAGGUCGUCGGGGCGAAAAUUUGAACAUACAAAAAACGAAGCUGGUGCUGGUGUUAAUGCUUCGGGUUCAACGUGCACUCGGAGAAACGACUCGGCGGCUUCCAAUCCUGAUCGAUCGCUCAGUCCCGUAUGGUUCGUUCCUCCGGAACGCAGACGGUCCAGGAGACAGAGACGCGUUUGGAGGGAGGUUCGAUGUCUACCCUCCACAACGGGGAUCGAAAACAACAUCGAUGAUACUGCAUCGAAUCACUCGGACGAAUUUGACGAUCAGAAGCUACUUUUGUCCGGUGACUUUAACCAGAGACCAGAGUCUGAGGGUGGUAACGAGUCCAAGUCCAUCGGACGCACGGCUUCGCCUUCUGGAUCAUCGUCGUUGUCUUAUUCAUCCGCUUCGGGUCGGCGUAACAACUACUCGGGACUUGUUGUUAAGAUCAGCGAUUUCAACGAGGACAAACUUGUCUCAGCUGAACUCAGGGUCUCUGGUGCUCUCGCAAAACGACCAAGCUGGCGGCCUGAUGUCACCAGCAAUUAUUUCGCCACUAAAAAUUUCGCCGAUUUUAUACACCGCGAGAAAUACGAACGUGAGGAAGAACAGGUCGCGGACACUUUACGGAUCUAUCGGUGCAAGGCCGAGUCACAUUGUCGCAUGAUAAGGCGACGACGCGAUUCUCACAAUCGACGUUCCUGCUGCUGCUAUUGUACCAGUGAAAGUGACUCCGAGGCUCACGCUGCUGCUGCUGGGAAUAUCGUUAAUCCGACAUCGCCUUGUUUGGUCAUCGGUUUGGAUGAUAAAAAUCAGGCGAAAAUACGACGCGGUGUGCCAGCCGGUGAUCAGAGACACCAGAAUCAUCAACAACGGCGAAGACCCCUCAGACGGAGGUCUCAGCUUCAGCGAAAUCGGCCUACCGGGCAGCCCGUUUAUCUCGUUAGAAAAUGCUCAUCUCUCAGACGAAGACCUGCCAGUCGGGACAUUACGCAGAAAGGAUAUGAAAAAAAGAGGACGAGGCUGCUCCAGCAGUACACCUCCAAACAGCAGGGGGUUGGUGGAGGUGUUGGAGGUGUUGGUGGUGUUGGUGGAGGUGGAGGUGCGGAUGGUGGCGGUGGUGCAGGCAACGCCGUCGUUGGGGUUGUCGGCGCUGCCGAAAGGGGCGGCAGCGGCGGAACCGGAUAUGCUGGAGGCGGUGGAGGCGGUGGAGGCGGCGGAGGCGGACGCCCCCAGCCACGCGCCCGUCGCACUCAGCGUCGCGUCACACACUCGGAGAAACGCUAUCACUCAGGAGGCCGUCUGGCCCCAGGAAUAGCGAGUCCCUCGGGCUCCGCCGGUUCAGGGAAUGCUGCGAAUACAAACACGGCAGCUGCCAGACGCGGAAAUCGAAGACUUACGCGCAAUGAAAGUCGCUACCAUUCCGAGGUGCGCCAAGAGGCGGUCCAACAGGCGCUAGCCGCGAUGCAGGGUCGUCCGAAACCCUCUCUUCCAAUGCCGUCUAAGCGUACGUCGGUGAUGGCCAGGAGUCCGGAUCGAGAACGUCGUGACAGCGGCGAGUCGAGCAGCGACGAGGACAGCGUCGUUACCGAGGAGAGUCCUGGGACUGGGGGACCAACUGGGACCGGUCUCUCGGACACGAGCAGCACGGGUUCGGCCCGAGACACGCCGCCGCCCCCAAGGCCGCCGGCCAGGAGGCCACCCGCGGACAUAACGGACAUCGCCGAGUACGCGCCACACGCUUACUGCAACAUCCAACCGCCUGACGUCACGCACACGACGCAGUCCAGGAGGCCGGGUGCCGACAGGGUGAACCGGUACCACGUCGUCGAGGACAACACGGGGACCACUGGCCGGUGGAAGGUCUCGGCGAAAAUUCAGCAGCUUCUGAACACGCUGAAGAGACCGAAGCGGAGACCGUUGCCUGAGUUUUACGAGGACGACGACAUCGAGCUGGAGAUUGCGGCCAACCCGAAGGAUCCUAACGCCCCGAAACCAGAAGGCGGAUCGAUGACAUCCGCUGUCGGUGAACCGCUUUCCGUUCCCUCGGGACUUCCCAGGUCACUCGAAGCAGCCAUUCAACGCUACGGAUCUGCCAGCUACAAAGCCCCGGCUGCCACCGUUUUGGACCCCAAUGGAAAGCCUUCGGUACCUUUGACCUACGGGAAGCUACUCAGCAGGUCACACAAGAUCGCUUACACACUGCUAAACAAGGCGCUUAGCAGGAGUGGUGACUGUUGUCUAAAACCCGGAGACCGGAUAGCUCUUGUCUAUCCGAACAAUGAUCCGAUAAGCUUUAUGUGCGCGUUUUACGGAUGUCUUCAGGCUGGGAUUGUUCCCGUUCCUAUCGAGGUACCGCUUACGAGACGUGACGCUGGUUCUCAGCAGAUUGGAUUUUUACUGGGUAGCUGCGGGAUUCAAGUCGCUCUUACAAGUGAGGCUUGCCUUAAGGGGUUGCCCAAGACCGCUGCUGGCGAGGUUGUCGCCUUUAAGGGAUGGCCCAAGCUCCACUGGUUCGUUACCGAGCAUCUUGGAAAGACGCCCAAGGACUGGAUGCCGCCGCCCAGGCUUACCGACGACACUCCCGCCUACAUAGAGUACACUACCGACAAAGAUGGAUCCGUCAUGGGAGUCACCGUCACCAGAGCUGCUAUGCUCGCUAAUUGCAGGGCUCUGACAAUGGCCUGCGGUUACACGGAGGGCGAGAACGCCGUUUGUGUUUUGGACUUCAAGCGAGAAGUCGGAUUGUGGCACAGCACUUUGACCAGUAUUCUUAACGGCAUGCACGUUGUCUUUAUUCCUUACGCUCUGAUGAAGGUCAGUCCUGCCAGUUGGAUGCAAAUGAUUACUAAACAUCGGGCCAGUGUCGCUGUUGUCAAGUCGAGAGACUUACACUGGGGUUUACUCGCUACCAAGGAUCACAAGGAUAUUUCACUGUCGUCACUCAGACUGCUGCUCGUUGCUGAUGGUGCCAAUCCCUGGUCACUAUCAUCCUGCGAUCAGUUCUUGUCUGUCUUUCAAUCCAAAGGUCUCAGACCAGACGCUGUCUGUCCCUGCGCUUCGUCCAGCGAAGCGCUCACGGUAUCGGUUAGGAGACCUGGACGUGCCGGUGUCAAUGCCACUGGAAGAGGCGUAUUGUCCAUGUCUGGUCUGAGUUAUGGAGUCGUACGUGUCGAUCAAGAAAAUUCUCUUACUUCGCUCACUCUUCAGGACUGUGGACAAGUUAUGCCUGGAAGUGUCGUUGUGGUUGUCAAAAUGGAAGGACAACCAUUCAUUUGCAAAACUGACGAAGUUGGAGAGAUAUGUGUACAUAGUUCUGCGACGGGUAGCCAGUACUGGGGACUUCAGGGUUUGACUAACAACACGUUUAAAGUGUCGCCUUUACUACCAGAUGGGACGCCACAGGGUGAAGUUGAGUACGCAAGAUCAGGACUGCUCGGUUUUCUUGGACCUGGUGGUCUCGUUUUUGUUUGUGGUUCGCGGGAUGGCCUGAUGACUGUUACAGGAAGAAAGCACAACGCGGAUGAUAUUAUUGCUACGGUACUCGCUGUCGAACCAAUGAAAUUUAUUUAUCGAGGUAGAAUCGCAGUCUUCAGCGUUAGGGUACUCAGAGAUGAAAGGAUAUGCGUCGUCGCAGAACAGAGACCGGAUUGCAGCGAAGAAGAGAGUUUCCAGUGGAUGUCUAGGGUACUACAAGCCGUCGACUCGAUUCACGCGGUUGGCAUUUAUUGUCUCGCUUUAGUGCCACCUAAUUAUCUUCCCAAAACGCCUCUAGGGGGAAUCCAUUUGUCUGAGACAAAACGUCGUUUCCUCGAUGGAGCGUUGCAUCCUGCAAAUGUAUUACUUUGUCCGCACACUUGCGUGACCAACUUACCAAAACCUCGCGAAGUACAUUCGGCGGGGGAUUCUGUUGCAGACGUCGGCCCAGCAAGCGUCAUGGUUGGCAACAUCGUACAGGGUAAUCGGUUGGCUUCGGCACAGGGGCGUGACAUGGGGAUUCUUGACGAAGACAGCGAUAGUGCUAAGAAGUACCAGUUCAUAUCCGAGAUUCUUCGGUGGCGGGCCGCCAGCACCUCGGAUCAUGUGAUAUUCACUCUACUGAAUGCAAAGGGUGCAAUCGCAACGUCGCUUUCAUGUUCACAACUGCAUAAAAAAGCAGAGAGGAUUGGAAAUUUGCUGCUAGAUCGUGGACGGAUCAAUACCGGGGAUCACGUAGCGCUUAUAUUCCCUCCUGGUAUAGAUCUGAUUUGUGCUUUCUACGGGUGCUUGUACGUCGGUGCUGUUCCUGUCACAAUCAGACCACCUCAUCCACAGAAUCUUCAAACUACUCUGCCAACUGUUAGAAUGAUCGUUGACGUCAGCAAAUCCGUACUCGUAUUAUCUAAUCAAAAUCUGCUGAAGCUUCUGAAAUCGAAGGAAGCUAACAACGUAGUCGACAUGAAAACUUGGCCAACGACCUUGGACAUGGACGACAUGCCGAAAAAGAAACUCCCUGUUAUGUACAGGGCUCCGACAGCAGAGAUGUUGGCAUAUCUAGAUUUUAGUGUAUCGACAACGGGAAUGCUUGCGGGAAUCAAAAUGUCGCAUGCGGCAGUCACUUCGUUGUGUCGAGCGAUGAAGCUCGCCUGUGAAUUGUACCCGUCGCGACACAUAGCUUUGUGUUUAGACCCGUACUCUGGUCUCGGAUUUGCGUUGUGGUGUUUAAGCAGCAUAUACAGCGGCCAUCAUUCAAUCCUCAUACCGCCAUCAGAGGUCGAAGCAAACCCGGCCUCUUGGUUGUCCGCCGUGAGCCAGCACAGAGUCAGGGACACUUUCUGUUCCUACGGUGUAAUGGAGUUGUGUACAAAGGGUUUGGGCUCUUCGGUACAUGCUCUUAAAGCUCGUGGGGUCAGUCUCGCCUGCGUUAGAACCUGCGUAGUCGUGGCCGAAGAGAGACCACGAAUAGCCCUGACGACCAGCUUCAGCAAACUCUUCUCCGCACUUGGAUUGAGCCCUCGUGCAGUCUCAACGUCUUUCGGCUGCAGAGUAAACACAGCCAUAUGCCUUCAGGGAGCAUCUAGUCCAGAACCGUCAACAGUUUACGUAGACUUACGGGCACUCAGAAACGACAGGGUUUCGUUGGUGGAAAGGGGAAGUCCGCACUCUCUCUGUUUGAUGGAGUCAGGCAAACUUUUGCCGGGAGUGAAGGUGAUCAUCGCGAAUCCGGAGACCAAGGGUCAGUGCGGAGACUCGCAUCUAGGUGAAAUAUGGGUUCAGUCCUCGCACAACGCCAGCGGUUACUUCACCAUUUACGGCGACGAAAGUGACUAUGCGGACCACUUUAAUGCCCGUCUGGUCACUGGCAAUACCGGCGAAGUUUACGCGCGGACAGGAUAUCUCGGCUUCCUCAGGCGUACCGAGAGCGUCCAACAGUCUGCUGUCGGUGACACAACUGGGGACAGCUCAGCUUCUGAAGCCGAAGGUCCGCCUGUUGACGCGGAACUCCACGACGCUGUAUUCGUCGUUGGUGCUCUUGACGAGGCAAUUUUACUCCGAGGAAUGAGGUAUCAUCCCAUCGAUAUCGAAAACAGCGUCAUGAGGUGUCACAAGAAGAUCGCUGAAUGCGCCGUAUUCACGUGGACGAAUCUCCUGGUGGUCGUUGUCGAGUUGGAUGGAAGUGAAAGCGAAGCCCUGGACUUGGUAGCUCUGGUGACAAGCGCUGUUCUUGAGGAACAUCACUUAGUUGUCGGAGUAGUUGUUGUCGUCGACCCUGGCGUCGUACCAAUAAAUUCACGCGGCGAGAAACAACGAAUGCACCUUCGUGACGGUUUCCUUGCGGAUCAAUUAGACCCUAUAUACGUCGCGUACAAUAUGUGAAUCUUGAAUUCACGAUUUUAUGAACGAUUUAACACGACUUUUUGUGAUUUAUAUAUAUAUAUAUAUAUAAAUAUAUAUAUAUAUAUAUUUUUAUUUACAUAUAUACUAUAUAUGAUAUUUACUACCUAGGAAGUCAAUCGACUUGAAACUAGUUGAUCAGGCAAAGGCGAUGGCACAAGUAGACGAAACAUAGGUCGACCAGAGAGAUUUAUAAGAAUCGAGGCAAUUCUCUUUGUUUUCAUGAAAAAACUGAAAGGAUUGGUAACUCGCGUGAUGAUAUAUCUACGUAUGUAAGUGUAUAAGGUUAAUAUUAAUAUUCGGGUAGAUGUAUCGUAUAUCAAAGGUAUUUCAAAAUCGUGACAAAAGAAUUUUAUACGCUUUUAUAAGGCAGACAUAAAUCGUUGUCGUUAACGUCGUAGUCUCGCCGGGAGACACUUCCUUAGUUGAAAAAGCUUUCUAAUAAUUCUCAGCUGGUUCAGUUUUUUUAUUUUUUUUUUUUCAAGGAACCAAGCUCCCACUGGGUACUAAGUUACGAAAUAUUGAGAAUAUCGCAACGCACAUUAUUUUCUUAAGCUCCAUCUAUCGAUUAGCCAAUCAUACGUUGCUGCGCUUUGUCAUCGCCUAUUUUCAGAAUUCCAUUUUAUCAAGUUUCAGCACGCCAACAAAGCUAAACGUUGAAACCUCGAAUGCAUUUAUAAUAUUCUUGUCUUUGGUCACAGUGACAAAGCUUUAGUGUCGAAUUGAAUUCACAAUAAUUUUAUUUGAAGACUCAAUUUCAUAUAUUAUUAUAUUUAAAUUAAUUCUCACAAUUGAGACUCUGAUUAUUUAAUCAGUAUACAGAUAAUUGUACGAGAAAAUGAUAUCGGGUUUUCGAAUAAUAAGAAAAUCUACAAAUUUCACGACUCUCGAUUUGCGCGUUAAUUUACAAUUCGAUAUUUAUGAAGGGAGCGUGUUUCCCAUGAGAAAGCUUUAUCUCAAAUUGCACACGACUAGUAAGUUAAUUGAAAUACGUGAUCGACCAAGCCGGAUAGGUAUUUAUUCUCGAAAACCUUGAUUCUCUCGAUUGGAGUAUCGUUUGGUGAUUCAAUGCUAUAACGCACUAUUAUUUUAUUAGUUGUUUUUUUUUAUUAUUAUUAUUUUUUUUUUAUCUAUAAUUACUUAGUUUUAGAAUCUAUACUACUAGGACUUACGCAGACUUUAAAGAGCAGCUCAUUUUAUCACUUAUCAACUACUUUAUAAUCUAUUACAUAAUCUUUCUUGACUAUGGCUGAGAAAGAUAUAUAGUCACAGUAUUUGACUUUUGUUAUAGAUUUACAACAAUUACAAUUGUAUUGCACCGACGGUUCAGGCUCGCUUAUUAGCACACGUUGUCGUCGUAGGAAAAAUUGAAGUUAAUGUGUUUUCUAUUUUAUAUAUAAUUAUAUACUAUUAUAGAUAUGUAUAUGAAGAAUCGCACAAAAAAUGCGCACGAAUAUUUACAAAUAUUUAAAUAUGUAAAAGGAAAACACAUGAAAAUUGGAAGAUAAAAAAACGUUUUAUUCAGUGAAAAAUUAAACUUCACACGAACAAAAAUCCUAGAUAAAAACAUUUAUUUGACGAAAGCUCAACUCUCAAACAUAAGCAUGCCGUAUCUUCUACAAUGAAUGCGUACUUUUUUCCAAACAUUUUUAAUUCUUCUUUUUAUUUUGGGACUCUGUUGAGAUGUAUAUUUGUUAAUAGUUUUAUAGUUUUAUAUUCUAUUUUUAUUUUUAUUAACACAUACCUUAGAUCGGUACCAAUAUAUUAUUGUCAUUUCGUUAGUGCAAUAUACGUAUACAUAUACAUACAUGAAUACAAACAUACAUACAUACAUACAUACCUAUAUACAUUAUAAUAUAAAAUAUCUGUGUAAAAUCUUGAAAUUCGACGUGACAGAUAUUUUUUUUUUGUACAUAGAAAAGAAUAGGAAUGAUGAUGAGGAGAAGUAGAAGGGUGUGUAACAAAACGAUUGAGCUUAAAAAAUUUCUUUUAAAUAUCACGCCAAAUGUCUGUCAUAGACUAGGGUUGAUCUAUGCUGUUAAGAUUUUUUAGGGUUACUAGAGUGACCGGAGGACGACUAGAGGAAGGGAUCUGUUUGUGACAAUUUUAAGAUUAAAACGUGCCAUCUCAUCUCAUCUCGUCUCAUCUCCAUCUCGUUUGCACUUGUUCGUCAAGUGCUUUAUAGAAACUACCUUACUACCCCAUAGUGAGAGAAUAAAUGAGGAAUUUGGUUGUGUUAUGUAUAAAUGUUGAUACUAGUUAGUAGUUUAACUCGUUAGGGUAUACUUGUACUACGUCAUCAUACUUUUCCGAUAUACUUAGUAGGCAAUUCUCUUUAUUACCCUAAAACCCAAAGUUAUUUCCUUAAUUCCCAUUUUCUACAAGUUUUAUCUUUCCUCUCUUUUCAAACACCCACCCAUCCCACCCUCAACACUGUGUAUAUAAAGCACAACAACCGCGCGUUAAAGUUAAGUAUACAUAUAUAUAUAAUAUAAUUUUUAAGUUUACGUAAAAAAAAAUGAAUAAUAAUAUAAUAAUAAUAUAAGUUAUUAUUAUUACUAUUAUUAUUACAACUAUAUGUUGCGUAGCAUUAUUAUCUUCAAUUAUUAAUGUUCACUCGUUCAUCACUUUUUCCCCAUUAUUCCCAGACCAUUAUAUCAUAAAAAUCCCAUUGAUGUAUGUAUUAAAUAGAUUAUAUGAAAAGAUAACAAUUUGAUGCCGCUAUAAUUUUGCUGCUCGUAGUGUUUUCUAUUAUAACGAGAUAGAUCAUAUACAUAUAUAUAGAAUUAUAGAUAAACUCCAAUCCCCAAGCCCAAACUCUUUAAAUUUACAUUCAAUUAACACACAAUUUGUAAUCGACAUUGUAUUACAUACAAAGUACAUUAGUAAAUACAUGAAUGCAUAUAGCAGCCGAUCAUCAAUAAACUUAAUGUACAUUUUUA